AUGUCUCAAGUAGCAAACACACAGUCGAAUUCAAGCAACAGCGUUGAGAAUCAAAUUCCUGCCUCGAUCAACGAAUCAGAGGCCUCGCACACACCAAACGAGAACAAAGAUACCGAUAAUAAUAACGACAAAGCCGAAAGGGACCAAGAGAUUAUUUCAACUAAUUCUCCAAGUCAAGAUCCCCCUUCUUCUACUGGCUCAUGCCCCUCGCCCAAGGAGUCGGAGACUCAGUUGGAGUCCGAGGAAAGUACAGUUGCCCCAGCUUCAGCUGUGAAUGGUGGCCGUGAGAUUUCUAAUAAAAUUUUGUAUGUUGGAAAUUUGGCGAAAUCAGCAUCAGAGGAACAAAUCAAUGAAAUAUUUUCAUCAGUGUCCAACCCAAUCAAGUCGAUCAAGUUGCUUAAUGACAAGAACAAACUUGGCUUUAAUUAUGCGUUUAUCGAAUUUAAUGAGAGCGAAGAUGCCGAGAAGGCUUUGAACUCAUUGAAUGGCAAGGAUGUCAAUGGCUCAGAUAUUAAAGUCAAUUGGGCCUACCAAUCCGCAGCAAUUGCUGGUGGUUCAACACCAGAAGAACCUUCGUACAAUAUCUUUGUUGGCGACUUGAGUUCUGAAGUGAAUGACGAAGCAUUGAAGAAAGCUUUUACCAAGUUUGGAUCUUUGAAACAAGCGCACGUUAUGUGGGAUAUGCAGACCUCAAGGUCUAGAGGGUAUGGGUUUGUUACGUUUGGAAAACAAGAGGACGCCGAGAAUGCUCUCCAAUCAAUGAAUGGCGAGUGGCUUGGCGGUAGAGCUAUUAGAUGCAACUGGGCAUCUCACAAAUCACAUAUCAACAAUAGCAAUACUAAUAACAAUAACAAUAAUAAUAAUAAUAAUAUCAACAAUACUAAUGGCAAUGCAAUUUAUGGCCACACGCAACAAUUUGCAUAUGGAGACAAUCCAUUCAAGGCAUCCAAUCAACAACAACAACAACAGCAUCAACAACAAGGAUUUAAUCGUUUUCUGAAUAACAAUCGUACAAAUAGAUCAAAUUACAACAACAACAAUAGCAACAAUAACAACAACAAUAACAAUGGCAACAAUAAGCGUCACUACAAUAAUGCUAACAACAACAUCCACACUCCACAGUUCCCACCCCAAUUUAUGGGUGGUCAAAUUACACAAGUGAAUGGACAAGCAUUACCGCAGCAAAGUCCAAACUUGAAUGGGUUGAUGUUGCACAAUUUUGGGUCAAACCCAAACCUCGUGCCAUUCAACCAAAAUAAUACUUUUAAUGCCAAUAAUGGUCAGGGUCCAGUUCCAGUAAGUAACAUGAAUCAACAAACACAGCAAGAUAGUACUCAUACUAAUAAUCAUAAUAAUAAUAACAACAAUAACAAUAACAAUAACAAUAACAACAGUAACAGCAAUAGCAACAACACCAAUACCAAUAGUAUUAACAACAAUGCUGGUAAUGUUGCAAUGGUUUCUCCUCAAACCUACGAUAUAGUUCUUAGACAAACUCCAUCAUGGCAAACUACAGUGUACAUAGGUAAUAUUGCCCAUUUCACUCAGCUGCACGAGAUGAUCCCAUUGCUUCAGUCUUUUGGUUUUAUUGUUGAUUUCAAGUUCCAUCCCGAACGUGGGUGCGCCUUUGUGAAAUACGAUUCACACGAACGUGCCGCAUUAGCUAUAAUACAGUUGGCAGGGUUUAACUUGAAUGGUAGACCUUUGAAAUGCGGGUGGGGUAAAGAAAGACCACAACAGUAUCAAUCAAGAGUCGGUGGCCAUGUUGCAGGCGAGGUUGAACAUCCAUCGUAUGGUCAAAAUUGA